CCAAGCCGGCCUCGCCCGCCGCGCCCGCAGCUCCGGCAGCGCACGGGUUAAGCCUGGCACCGCGCCCCGCAGGGGGGGGCUCCCAUCUCCCCUCCCCUCCCCCCCGUGCCGGGCAUGCGGGGCCCGCUGGGCACAGAGGAGGAGCCGCCGCAGCUGCCCGAGGAGGAGGAAGAGGAGAUGGAGAACGACGAGGACAUGUCAGGGCUUUCUCCUUACUCCUCGAAGGGCCUGAGUAACACCCCUGUCUUUUGGUUGCCUCCAGAAGAAGAGGAUGGAGGUCUGGAGGGCUUGGAAGAAUUCUAUCCUGAGGAACCAGUGUGUGUUCCCAAGAAGAAGAAAUCCAAGAAACUUAAAGAGAACAAGACAUCUAAAGUGAAGCGGAGAAAGAAAGAGGGAAGCAAUGAUGAACUGUCUGAUAAUGAAGAGGAGAUGGAAGAGAAAUCUGACAGUGAGGGGAGUGACUAUUCUCCUAAUAAAAAGAAGAAGAAGAAACUCAAAGAAAAGAAGGAGAAAAAAUCCAAACGGAAAAAGAAGGAUGAAGAAGAUGAUGAUAAUGAAGAUGGAGGUUUAAAGGAGCCCAAGUCCUCAGGCCAACUCAUGGAGGAGUGGGGCCUGGAUGAUGUGGAUUACCUGUUCUCCGAAGAGGAUUACCACACUCUGACCAACUACAAGGCCUUCAGCCAGUUUCUCAGGCCUCUCAUUGCCAAGAAGAACCCCAAGAUCCCCAUGUCAAAGAUGAUGACGGUGCUGGGGGCUAAGUGGCGAGAGUUUAGCGCCAACAACCCAUUCAAGGGGAGCUCGGCGGCAGCAGCAGCGGCGGCGGUGGCAGCUGCUGUGGAGACGGUCACCAUUGCCCCGCCGCUGACUGUCAGCCCGCCUCAGCCCAUCCAGCCCAUGCCCAUCCGUAAGGCCAAGACCAAGGAGGGGAAAGGGCCUGGCGUCAGGAAGAAAAUCAAAGGCUCCAAAGAUGGAAAGAAAAAAGGCAAAGGGAAAAAAAUGGCUGGGCUGAAGUUUCGGUUUGGAGGGAUCGCUAACAAGAGAAAAAAAGGCUCCUCGCCUCCAUGCACCACCUGUCCUUUCCCCCUCCAGAGUGAGGAAGAUGACCGGGAAGAGUCGGACUUUGACAAUGCCAGCAUUAACAGCUCCUCCAUGCGCUCAGAGUGUUCUUCAGCCUUGGGCAAGAAGGGGAAGAGGAGAAGGAAGAAGAAGAGAAUUGAGGAUGGGGAUGGCUAUGAGACAGACCACCAGGACUACUGUGAGGUGUGCCAGCAAGGAGGAGAGAUCAUCUUGUGUGACACGUGCCCCCGGGCCUAUCACUUGGUGUGCCUCGAUCCAGAGAUGGAGAAAGCUCCGGAAGGCAAAUGGAGCUGCCCCCACUGUGAGAAGGAGGGCAUCCAAUGGGAGCCAAAGGAUGAGGAAGAGGAGGAGGAUGAAGGGGGUGAGGAGGAAGAGGAUGACCACAUGGAGUUCUGCCGAGUGUGCAAGGAUGGUGGAGAACUUCUCUGUUGUGACACCUGCCCCUCCUCCUAUCACCUGCACUGCCUGAACCCGCCACUGCCAGAAAUCCCCAACGGGGAAUGGCUUUGCCCACGCUGUACAUGCCCCCCCUUGAAAGGGAAAGUCCAAAGGAUUCUGCACUGGAAAUGGACCGAGCCACCUGCCCCCUUCAUCACUGUGCUGCCCCCGCCUGAUGCUGACCCAGGCAUCCCUCCACCCAAGCCUCUGGAGGGCAUCCCUGAACGGGAGUUCUUUGUGAAGUGGGCUGGGCUGUCUUACUGGCAUUGUUCCUGGGUGAAGGAACUGCAGCUGGAGCUGUAUCACACGGUCAUGUAUCGGAACUACCAAAGGAAGAACGACAUGGAUGAGCCGCCACCCUUUGACUACGGCUCUGGAGAUGAGGACGGCAAGAGCGAGAAGAGGAAGAACAAGGACCCCCACUAUGCCAAGAUGGAGGAGAGGUUUUAUCGCUACGGGAUCAAGCCAGAGUGGAUGAUGAUUCACCGAAUCCUGAACCACAGCUUUGACAAGAAGGGGGAUGUGCACUACCUGAUCAAAUGGAAGGACCUUCCCUAUGACCAGUGUACCUGGGAGAUCGACGACAUUGACAUCCCUUACUAUGAGAACCUGAAGCAAGGCUAUUGGAACCACAGGGAGCUGAUGUUAGGAGAAGAUUCCCGGCCACCCAAGCGACUGAACAAGAAAGGAAAAAAACUGAAAGAUGACAAACUGGAAAAGCCGCCGGAGACUCCCUUAGUGGAUCCCACUGUCAAGUUUGACAAGCAGCCAUGGUACAUCGAUGCCACGGGCGGGACCCUCCACCCUUAUCAGCUGGAGGGACUGAACUGGCUGAGGUUCUCCUGGGCCCAGGGCACAGACACCAUCCUGGCUGACGAGAUGGGGCUGGGGAAGACGGUCCAGACCAUCGUAUACCUAUAUUCCCUCUAUAAGGAGGGUCAUUCUAAGGGGCCAUACUUGGUCAGUGCCCCCCUGUCCACCAUCAUUAAUUGGGAGAGGGAAUUUGAGAUGUGGGCACCUGACUUUUAUGUGGUCACUUACACCGGGGACAAGGAGAGUCGAUCAGUGAUCCGGGAGAAUGAGUUUUCCUUCGAGGAUAAUGCUAUCCGGAGUGGGAAGAAGGUUUUCCGCAUGAAAAAAGAGGCACAGAUCAAGUUCCAUGUCUUGCUUACUUCCUAUGAACUCAUUACCAUUGAUCAGGCCAUACUGGGGUCCAUCGAAUGGGCCUGUCUUGUGGUAGAUGAGGCCCACAGGCUGAAAAACAACCAGUCUAAGUUCUUUAGGGUGUUGAAUAGCUACAAGAUUGAUUACAAGCUGCUGCUUACAGGGACACCCCUACAGAACAACCUCGAGGAGCUAUUCCAUCUUCUAAACUUCCUGACUCCAGAACGGUUCAACAAUCUGGAGGGCUUCCUGGAGGAGUUUGCUGACAUCUCCAAGGAAGAUCAGAUCAAGAAGUUGCAUGAUCUGCUGGGGCCUCACAUGCUGCGGCGCCUGAAGGCUGAUGUGUUUAAGAACAUGCCGGCCAAGACGGAACUGAUUGUGAGGGUGGAGCUGAGCCAGAUGCAAAAGAAAUACUACAAGUUCAUUCUGACCAGAAAUUUUGAAGCCUUGAACUCCAAAGGCGGAGGGAACCAGGUGUCGCUGCUUAACAUCAUGAUGGAUCUGAAGAAAUGCUGUAACCACCCCUAUCUCUUCCCCGUGGCUGCCGUGGAGGCACCAGUCUUGCCCAAUGGCUCCUAUGAUGGCAGCUCCUUGGUCAAGUCUUCUGGGAAGCUCAUGCUCCUGCAGAAGAUGCUGAAGAAGUUGCGUGAUGAAGGGCACAGGGUCCUGAUCUUCUCCCAGAUGACCAAAAUGCUGGAUCUGCUAGAGGACUUCCUGGAGUAUGAAGGCUAUAAGUACGAGCGGAUCGACGGUGGCAUCACAGGAGGUCUUCGGCAAGAAGCCAUCGACAGAUUCAAUGCUCCUGGGGCCCAGCAGUUCUGUUUCCUCCUCUCCACCCGGGCUGGUGGCCUGGGCAUCAACCUGGCCACUGCUGACACCGUCAUCAUCUAUGACUCGGACUGGAACCCUCACAAUGACAUACAGGCCUUCAGCAGAGCCCACCGCAUCGGGCAGAACAAGAAAGUGAUGAUUUACCGCUUUGUGACGAGGGCCUCCGUGGAGGAGCGAAUCACCCAGGUCGCCAAGCGGAAGAUGAUGCUGACACAUCUGGUGGUGCGUCCGGGCCUGGGCUCCAAGUCCGGGUCCAUGACCAAGCAGGAGCUGGAUGACAUUCUGAAGUUUGGGACAGAGGAGCUCUUUAAAGAUGAUGUGGAAGGCAUGAUGCCUCAGGGUCAGCGGAUCAACGUGCCUGAGCCCGUGGCGCCCGCCCCCGAUGUCCAGGCCUCCAAAGGUGGCGGCACCUUAGCAGCCGGGGUGAAAAAAAAGCAUGGCAGCACCCCGCCAGGUGACAGUAAGGAUGUGGAAGACAGUAGCGUCAUUCAUUAUGAUGAUGCUGCUAUAUCCAAGCUGCUGGAUCGGAACCAGGAUGCCACGGAUGACACAGAGCUGCAGAACAUGAACGAGUACCUCAGCUCCUUCAAGGUGGCCCAGUACGUGGUCCGUGAAGAAGAUGGAGUGGAGGAGGUAGAGAGAGAGAUUAUUAAGCAGGAGGAGAACGUGGACCCCGACUACUGGGAGAAGCUCCUUCGUCACCACUACGAGCAGCAGCAAGAGGACUUGGCCCGGAACCUGGGCAAGGGCAAGCGGAUUCGGAAACAGGUCAAUUAUAAUGAUGCAUCUCAGGAGGACCAAGGUACGACAGAAUGGCAGGAUGAGCUUUCGGACAACCAGUCGGAGUACUCGAUCGGCUCCGAGGAUGAGGACGAGGAUUUUGAAGAGAGGCCAGAAGGUCAGAGUGGGAGGAGACAAUCUCGGAGACAGCUAAAAAGUGACCGAGACAAACCCUUACCCCCUCUGCUGGCAAGAGUUGGAGGCAACAUUGAGGUCCUAGGGUUCAAUGCCCGGCAGCGGAAAGCCUUCUUGAACGCCAUCAUGCGCUGGGGCAUGCCCCCCCAGGACGCCUUCAACUCUCACUGGCUAGUCCGGGACCUCCGAGGGAAAAGCGAGAAGGAGUUUAGGGCCUACGUGUCCCUCUUCAUGAGACACUUGUGUGAGCCAGGGGCCGAUGGGGCAGAGACCUUUGCGGAUGGUGUCCCUCGGGAAGGGCUCUCUCGACAGCAUGUGCUCACCCGGAUUGGAGUCAUGUCACUAGUUAGGAAGAAGGUCCAGGAGUUUGAACACGUCAACGGGAAGUACAGCACACCUGACCUGAUUCCCGAGAGCAAGAAAUCCAGUGAGAUUGGCUCCUCCGACCCCAACACCCCAGUCCCAGCCAGCCCGGCCCAUAUUCCUCCCGGCCCUUUGGGAUUACCAGGUAUUCUUGUUUCAGACAAAAUGGAAGCCCACCUGGGCUUCCUGGAUGAAAAAGAGCAAAUGGAGCAGAAACUCCCCAAACCUCUUGAACUCCAGGUUCCAGGGAUGCCCUCUGAAAAAGGGGAGGGCGAGGAGAAGCAGGAGAACGUGGACAGCAAAGAGAGAGCCCGAGAGGAGAGGAGGGAAGAGAAUGAAAAGACCGAUCCCUCCCCAGAUCAGCUGCUCAAAGAGGACGCUCUCCCUGAAAAAGACAAACCCCUGGAGAAGGUGGAGCUCAAUCUGAACCACGGCAGAGGGGAUGACAAAGAUUUCCGGCCAGAGGACUCCAAGGUAGAGGAGAAGGAGACACCGGAAACCCAGCAAAAUGGUGAAAAAGAGGAAGAUGAGGAGGGGAAGAAGGAUGACAAGAAUGGGAAAUUUAAAUUCAUGUUUAACAUUGCCGAUGGGGGUUUCACAGAGUUGCACACACUGUGGCAGAAUGAGGAACGAGCGGCCGUCUCCUCGGGGAAGAUCUAUGACAUCUGGCAUCGGCGCCAUGAUUAUUGGCUUCUGGCGGGUAUUGUGACGCAUGGCUACGCUCGCUGGCAGGACAUCCAGAAUGACCCACGCUAUGUGAUCCUGAAUGAGCCCUUCAAAUCUGAGAUCCACAAGGGCAAUUACCUGGAGAUGAAAAACAAAUUCCUGGCCCGAAGGUUCAAGCUUCUGGAGCAGGCGCUGGUGAUCGAGGAGCAGCUCAGAAGGGCUGCAUACCUCAACAUGACCCAAGACCCCAACCAUCCAGCCAUGGCCUUGAAUGCCCGUCUGGCAGAAGUGGAAUGCCUUGCUGAGAGUCACCAGCACCUUUCCAAGGAGUCCCUGGCUGGGAACAAGCCAGCCAAUGCUGUCCUCCAUAAGGUACUGAACCAGCUGGAGGAACUUUUGAGUGACAUGAAGGCUGAUGUAACCCGCCUGCCCUCCAUGUUGUCCCGGAUCCCGCCCGUGGCUGCUCGUCUGCAGAUGUCUGAGCGUAGCAUCCUGAGCCGCCUGACAAACCGUGCCGGAGAUCCCACCGUCCAGCAGGGUUCUUUCGGCUCCUCCCAGAUGUACAACAACAACUUUGGGCCAAACUUCCGGGCUCCUGGACCAGGCGGGAUUGUCAACUACAGCCAGAUGCCCCUCGGCCCCUAUGUGACUGCCACGCCCACUGGGCCACCUGCCAGCCACUCUGACAGAAAAGGAGCUGACUCCCUGAAAGAUGGUGCUGCUUUGGGACGAAAGGGGAAACUCAGCGAUGUCAUCUGCAUUGAAGACUAAGUCCCAGCCCUCAUGGGUCAGAUGCCCAGAAGUGCCGCCAUGUCAUAUCUCAAGUGUUCUUCAAAUAAAAAAAAUCCAUGGAAAAAAGGGAAAAAAAGGAAAAAAGAAAGAAAAAAGAAAAAGAGAAAAACCAAUAGCAACUUAAAAACAAACAAACCCAUUUCCAGAACUUCUUAGAAGGAAUUCCAUUUAUUUGUACAUCUUUUGCACUUUCUUAUUGAAGACUCGAAGAGUUUGUCUUGAUAAAAGUUGAAUGAAUUAUGAAGGAUUAUAAUGUUAACAGUAUUUAUGUCUCUGUUUUUAUCAACAUGCAUAAAAUCCAGAGGGAAACCUCGCUGGAGCCCCCAUUUCUAGACUUGUGGACCCUCACCUGCCAGUUAGGACAAGGCUUAAUUUUCUUGUGUGGCCUCCUGUUUGGCUCCUGACUUUCCUUACCAUAAUUGUGUCUGAGCAGCUGCAUGCACCUUCUGCCCUCUUUGCUCCUGUCUGUCCUCCCAGCACCACCUCAGGUCAGAGGGACCCAUCUUGUUGGACCACAGGCUACAGGCAGGGGCUGGCCCAGCUUCCUUUGGCCUCUCUAGCAGGGUUCUGGCCUGGUCUCAUGUCUUGUCCUGACCACCACAAGGACCUGCUCUUGGCAUAGUUUUAGCAGGAUGAUUUUUGCCAACCUUCCCUCCUGCCGGUGGCCCAGAGGCAACCUGUUAUGUCUUAAGCUCUGCCUUGGAAAUGCCCUCCUGCAGGAAUUCCGAUGGAGUCAGGGUUCAGAUCUCCAGAUCCGUGGCCAGUCCUGAGGAUCCAGGGGUUCAGCUGUAAGAAGGUGUUGACUCCUCAGGCCAAAGCUUCUUCUGACCCAGGCCCCACUGAGCCUGUCUCACGUGCCACCGUAGUUCAUCACAGUGAUACUUGGACUUGCUAUCAUGGGUCGUAGAGAUUCAGGACAAGAGCUGAGGCUGCAGGGCCUUAGGAAAAGAGGGGGUUCCCAGUGAGGGAGGAGGGGGUUGUCUAUGCCCAAGGGAAAGGGCAUGGAGAGACACUAUUUGUUCCUGGUGUUGCUGGAAGGUUAAUGUUGAUUGACACCAGCAGGUUGAAGUAAAUUUGAGUCAUCUUUAAGUAUCGAAAGGGCUAUCAAAUGGAGGAGGGAUUGGACUUGUUCUACUGGGCCCCAGUGGGCAGAACUAGGGACAAUGAGGAGAAAGAAGUUGCAAAAUGGCCGACGUGGCCUUGAUGGCAGAAAGACCUUCCUAACGGUUAGCUCUGUCCCACAGUGGAAUGGGUUGCCUUGGGAGAUUGUGGAUGCCUUGAAUGCUAGAGGACCAUUUGGGGAAUUCUGUAGAGGAGAUUCAUCUUCGAAUAUGAGUUGGACUGUAUGCCCGAUAGGGGUCCCCGAAAGUGUGAGGGAUUGUAAAAUUUGGUGAUUCUAGGAAGAAAGGGCUUGGUAGGUCAAGGAACCCUCAGGCGAGGUAACAACAGCAAAGAUUCUCAUUGGCCUGCAAAAGUUUAGAUGCUGCUUGGUUGUGAGGCAGGGGGGAAGAUGACUCCUCCAGAUCCUUUCCAUCCUGAGGGAUGGAACACUUUUCUCUAGCAGCAAAAGGUCCUUUCCUGUCCCCUUUAGCAGCCAAAGUCUUUCCAUACGAAAGAGGUCCUCACUUCCAUCUUCUUGUUUCUCAGCUGCUACUGUUCUUCCUCGAGACCUAAUUGAAUCUCCCUAGGUGAGAGAGGAAGGGGGUGGGUCCUGUGGGGCUAGGUACCAGGGUUUACUUAGAAGGGAAGUAGCGGGCAUCAGAGUGGAUGGAUCCUUGACCCUGCUUCUAAAGAGAUCUCUCCUUGGGAGAGACCAAAGGGGGCUGAUUCCCACUUCUUUCUGAGGGUGGGAGGAGGCAACAACAGCAGUAGCAGGUUAAGUGCUUACUGUGUGCCAGGCACUGUGUUAGCUGCAAUACAAACUCAUAAAUAGAAUAAUCCUGCUCUCAAAGAGCUUACAUUCUAUUAGAAAGGGUGUAGCAAGUUCUUGUAGGGAGUCAGCUGGGUACAGUGGAAAAGGUCCCCUCUGUUGCUGAUGUGACCUGAAAAGAGUGAUUGGCUUUGGUUCUGGGCCCGGUUCUGCCACUUAUCGACCAUCUGGGUGACCUCUGCCAAGUCACUUUUCUUCAGUCUCCUCUUCUGUAACAUGAGAGGGUUUGACUCGAUGAUCUCCAGGCCCCCUUCCUGAAUCCUCACAUUCAGCAUCAAAGCCUGUGUCAGGAUAGCACGCCCAUGUGUUUGGGGGAGACUUCCCUAUGUCUCUCCCCUAGUUUAGAUUCAAAGUAAGUAGAAGUCGCAAGAGCAUUGGAUUAGGGAGAAGCAUUUCAGGUUUAGACAGAGGCACACAAAGUUGCAUUGUGGCUAGCAUAUUAACCAAUCUUGACUACCUAACAUGGCAGUCCAUGGGAGGAAGAGGCCAGUUGAAGUCCACAGUGGUUUACUGGAUGCCAUUUCCAUAAAUGUUGUGUUCUUCAGUUUAGUAGUACCUCCUCUCUUGAUCGCAUCCUUGACUCAGGCUGACAGGGGUGUAUGUGUGCGUGUGCGUGUGCGUGUGUGUGUGUGUGUGUGUGUGUGUGUAUGUGAUGUUGGUCUAAUGGGUUGUCCACUACUUCCCAUCCAGGAGGAGUAAGCUGCCCUUGACUGGGGCUACCCUGUCACUUUAUUCACUCAAUGAAUGAGUGGCUCACUCAAUCAGUAUUGCUGCUUAUUACUAGUGUGCUCUUCUUUUCCUUUCUCCCUCUUCUCUCGUUCCUCAUCUACCCCCUUUUAUUAAUCUCUCUCCCCUAUUUGUUGUUGCUUUGCCUAGUCUUAGUCAUCACUCUGCUCUAUGAGGACCUACAGCACCAAUGAGGUACUGUUCCCUGCCCUUCCUUGGAGCCCCGUGCUCACCUUGGCUCUAGAAGAGACUCUGUGGGCUGUGGUCAUCAAUGACCACCUUCUUUUCCCAGACUCGUAUUUGGCAAGCUGAAUCCCUAGUUGGGGGGGUUCCUGAUAGACCAGGCCUGAAGGGUCUUCUCAUUUUAAAUGAAGAAGAAAAGUCAUCCUCUGUCCAAGGUGGAGGGAGAAGUCAGCUGUUUUAAAUAUCUCUCUACUUGUGUCAUUUUCAUGCCCCUAUGUAAGCAGGGCAGAGUUUGAGAGCCUCCAUUCCUGCAGGGUGUGCUUAUCAACCCAUCUGGGGUUUGACCCUAGGCAAAAUUCCUUCCCUUUUGUCAACCUCAGUUUCCCCAUCUUUAAAAUGAGAGGGUUGGCCUCAGUGACUAGGGUUCCUUCCAGCUCUAAAUCUAUGUAUUCUCCAGGGAUGUCUCUUAAAUCAAUGAAGUCUUGCACUUCUAUGGGGCCUUGGGGCUGAGAGUCUUGGAAGGCUCUGCUGACAGUGUGUGUGUGUGUGUGUGCGUGUGUGCGUGUGAGUGCACACGUGUGUGCAUGCGCUUUGUCAGGCUGUGAUAGUUAUUUGGGGGUGUAGGGAAGGUCAGACCAGACACAUCCUGUUCUCCCAAUGUAUGCCAUGUUUCUAUUGGCCCUUCCUUUCCUCCCUUGCCAAUCUGUCUCCGUGGACCAUAAAUGGAUACAAUUUAAAAAAACCUCUCGCUUGAUCUUUAUCUUUGGGAAGACUCUCCCCAGAACCUCUUUCUUCUUCCAAAUUGGCUUUUAUUAGUGACUUGGCUGGUUCUGUCCCUCUGAGAUUGAGUGACUAAGUGCCAGGCUUAUGAAAAGGCCUGGGAAACUCAAGGGCCACCCUAAUCCCUUUUGCACCACCGUCCCAUGCCCUGGUUAGGCAGGGAGGGAUAUUCCUCUUUCUCUGUGUUCCCCAAAUCUGUGUUUCUCAAUGAUGUAAAAGGCAUAGCUCAGCUUGAAUGAAGAGGAUCUAAUUAGGAAUGAAGGAACAAAUGAAAAGACCUUUACUAAGUGCUUGGCAUAGUGGAUAGAAAGCCGGCCUGGAAGCCAGGAAGAAUUGGGUUCAAGUCUCAACUCUGAUAACAUGUGUGAACACUGAGCAAAUCACUUAAACUCCUAGUGGGCAACUCUCUAAGGCACCUGCAAUGAGAGCUCCUUGCCCUAAUAAAAUCAAAGGUCUGGUCUCUAUCCCUAUCCUAAGCACCGAUUGUGUGCCAGAAAUAUGAGAAGGAAGAUAAUUCUUGUCCUCAAGUAGCUUACAUUCUAAUAGGAGGAAGCUGGUGUGGGGAUCAGGGGAGACUGAAGCAUGCUUUGUGUAGGAACAGGGCCUGAAGAACAAGGGGCAAUGGGUCUGUCCAGCUUGGGAAAAUGUUUGGUGUUUCCAGCUGAACUCAGAGGAAGAGCUAGGAUGGACAGAGCCCCUAGGAAGCCAAAGGAUGGAUGGGCAGAGUCCCUGGGGAGCCAAAGCAGUGUAAAGAUGCCACGAAAAGUGGCCAAUGUCUGGACUUCUCUGCCUUAGUUUAGCAAAGAGCCCAAACUUGGUGCCAAGCCAGGAUGUUGCCAGGGUCUUGGGGCAAAAUGUCUGCACCUUGAGCUCUCCCGUUUAAAGCAUAUUUUGUCAAGGAAAUUGGCGACCCUCAUGUUUUAUGUAACCUGAUGUUUACAGCCCAAAGUCAUUAAGUUUUUGUGUUGAGAAAUUUGUCUUAAUUUCUAGAUUUUUUUUUAAAGGGAAAAAAAGUAUUUUUUUAGGUACGAUAACUCACAUUGGAUUUGCGGGUGUACGUGUUUGUGCUUGUGUGCGAUAUAAGCUCGUCUGAGUAAGUAGUGAUUUGAGACCUGGACCUUCCUCCUCUCCCUGGCCUCAGGGCUGCUCACAGGAGACUGGUUUGCCAAGCCCCUGGAUCAGAAAGCUGACCCAACGCCUUUGGCUUAGGAAUCUGUUGAGGCCUGUGCUUCCCAAGGGGCCCUGUUUCCCUCCUCCAGUGGCAGCCAGUGUUCAGAAGACUGUUCAUUGGUCAGAUGGAUUUUUCUUUCUUUCUUCUUUCCUUUUAACCACCAAAUGCUUCAUUCCCAAUGAGGUUUGGGCAUCCCAUAUCCGGGCCUGUGUGGAUGCUGGUGGGGUGGGAUCAGGCGGGUUCUCUACCCACGACAGAGCAGCUCAGAGCUCCUAAUGGCCACCUUGCCGCCAUGAUCCCACAUCGGUUCUGUUUGCUAUCCUAGGCGCACAGCGAGCAGGCCUUUUGUAGGAGGGUUGACAGAUACUGUAGCCAACACAAUCACAUCUACUUUGUACUCUGUGUGUAUUUGUUUUUGUUUUCUGUGUUUUAAAUAAAGCCUUUGAAAAAGGAAUAAAUCGAGUUUGGUU